CUGUCACACGGGACAACUUAAGUGCACUUUGAGCGAGUGCACUUCGCCCCGAGUGUCAUUCGCAAGCUGUCACACGGGCACGCGUAGUGACACUUGCUGCAAAGCGCACUCUCUGGCGAGUGCGUUCGCCAAACACACUUCGCUCCGCCGAAGUGCGUAGUCUCGGCAACAGGGGCUCAUAAACAAAUAAACUAAUAUCAAAAUCCGAGUCAGUACUCUUUUUUAAACGAUGUUUUCAUUAUUAGAAAUACUAAUACGUAUUAAAAAGUACUUUACAAAAACAAUUACUAGUUUACUAUUCUCGCUCUCAGGCUGUUGACAGUCACGGCCGCUGGGGGCGUGCUCGGAGCAUGCCAGAGCACAUGGCCGCGCACGCCGCGAUGUUUACUUCGUUGCAAAUGUGUAGGCAGUGUAGGCUAGUCUGUCAUCCCCGCCACGUGCAAUGGACUCAAGCAGUGCCUCGAAGACAACGUGGUCCGACGCAGAAACGAGGGCAAUCAUACACCUCUGGGAGGAACACUUGCCAGACCUACGCCGUGCGAAGCGCAAUUUGAAGGUGUAUGCUGCGAUCGCGGAGAACCUACAAGCGUUAGGUUUUGACAAGAGUACGAAGGAGGUGAAGAAAAAGAUAGAAAAUCUAGGAAACAAAUACAGGCUCAUCAAGCGAAAAGACACCGGAACUGGCUCAGGGGCCAUAAGUUGGCCCUAUUAUUGGGAAAUACAUCGUUUUUUGGGCACACUGCCACUUCACGACCAAACACUGGCCCAAGAAAGCAGUUGCUGCCAAACAUCCCCGGCAGAAGUGAUCCUUGAAGGAAUAGCAAGGGGGGACCCCUUGCAAGACAACCAGUCAAGUGACGGGUGCCCGUCACCUCUCCCUGGGAUGGCAUGCUGCCCCCCACCAUGUGCAUCGCCACCUGAGGCAGGGAACUCUUGUCUGCAAUCCCCCCCUGACACAGGAACAGCUGGCCCCAGCUGCGAAGCUGGAUUGGAUGUCAGCUGUACAAAUCCAGCAACCAAAAAACGGAAGCGGCAACCAGCUCCGUCCACCCUCGUGAUGCAGCUGCUGGACGAGCAGCGCCAGCUUCGUAUUUCCUCGGAGCCGAGGAAAGAUAGGGAGCUGCAGCUCAGAGAAGAACAGCUCAAGGUGUUCAAGCAGAUAGCCAGCAUUGAUGAAAGAUUGCUGUCUGUGCUGGAGAAGCUGGCAAAUAAAUGAACUGUGAAUACAUCAGGAGAAAUUU